UUUCGCGCAAUUCCGACGGCCGUGUUAUCCGCGGCGAGCAGUUCGAAGAGGUGUCUGGUCAGCGCCAAGUGGCGGCGACUCCGUCGCUGCUCUCCCGAGUGCUCGGGGAACGUUUGAAAACGCGGUCGGACGCGUGGACGCGGAGAGGAUGUCGUCGUCGCCGUCGCCGUCGCCGUCGCCGAGCUGGGUGUGAUCGCGGGCGAUGCCACGGCGGUCGUCCGAGUGUAACGUCGCGUAAAAUGAGACGGUAUGUCCCAUUCGACGCGACUUCUUAGCGGGCUGCUCGUCCUCCUUCCGGCGAUCGCGCUCUGCGAUGCCGCGGACACGUACGAGAUUGACUGCAACAACCUGCGUAUGGGUCAGUACAUCUGUCCCCAUCCGGAUUAUGAUUUCAUAGACCCGAAGACGCAGCAGCCGCGCGGCUGCACCAAGGAGAACAAGGCCAAAGUGCUCUGUCUUGCUGCCGACGGCCUCGUCUGCAUAGAAACGAAGAACAACACAUUCAAGAAGGAUAUACCCUGCAAGUGGACAAAUGGAUACUCCUUCGAGACGUCGUUACUGCUGUCAAUGUUCCUCGGUAUGUUUGGCGCGGACCGAUUUUACCUCGGGUAUCCCGCCCUGGGUCUGCUCAAGCUGAGCACACUGGGGUUCCUCUUCCUCGGCCAGUUCAUCGACGUGAUUCUGAUAGCCACGCAAAUUGUAGGGCCGGCGGACGGCUCGUACUACGUGAUGCCAUAUUACGGUGCCGGGAUUAACAUCAUAAGGAGCAACAAUUUUACAUACAGAGUGCCACAGUACGAUUGCUGAGAAUGGAACAGCACGCCCGAACUGCAGAAAUGACGUCUCGUCUAAAGAAAAGAAAGAUACAAUUGUAUUAUAUAGCUUCUGCUUCUGUCGCGAGCAACGAUGUAUAAAUUCUGGAGUGGAGUCCUAUUUCGUUAUAUAUAUGUAUAGUUAAAUAUGCAAUAUCAAUCUCUGUGUGCUCUUCUAACAGAUAAGCCAAACGUUAACUUGUAGAUAUUCAUCUCUCAACGAAGAACACUGUGUGUAUAUAAAGGUUUACUAUCGACUUACGUAUUGCAAUUAAUAUAUAAUUAAAUUAUGUCAAUUGAUACAGUUAAAUAAUAAA